AUGACCCAAGCGGUAAACCAGAAGGCACCUACGUUGCUACGUCGGGCAAGCUUGCGACCUUUUGGUGAGACGGGCUGGCUGAAGGCCUUGCCGUCCCUUGAGUUGAUGUCACCCGUCCCCCCCUCCACCAUGAUCGGUGGGAGGGGACCUUUUGGUGAGACGGGCUGGCUGAAGGCCUUGCCCAGAAUGGAGUCUGCUCCUUUAAUUGCUCCGCUAGCUGUGGACGAGUGGUUUCAGGCAGACUGGUACCAUGUCCUUGCAUUGGUGUUGCAAUCGGGUUGGCUUCAUGGCUUAUUGGCUUCUUUCCUGGGUACUGCUGUGACCCUUUCCUUGCGCGCGACGGAGUUGAUCGAAGACCCCUGGCACAACGUCCUGCUGUUGUUGGACAACACCCAAUUUGCAUCGCCGUUGAGUUUUUGGACGGUGCUGAUCUCGGGACUGUCCAUGGUCUUGGGCUUGUGCUUGUCGCCACUACUACCCUUCAAGACACAAAUGUGUUAUUUGGAUGCAGCCUGCAUCCAUUUGGGACAAGGCGAAUUGUUUGAGCGGGGGAUCUACAGCAUUGCUGGAUCUUUCUCCGUGGCAGAGGAGAUGCGGGUCUUGUAUUCAGAGCAAUACCUCUCGAGUUUGUGGUGUUUGUUCGAGCUUGUGGGAUAUCACAAAGCAAAUCCAGAGGGUCGACUGGUCUUCAAACCCUUGUUCAUCGAAAGGUCUGCCGCAAUCUGUACCUUCUUCAUCUGGUGUUUUGCGUUCUCAAUCAAUUUUGCAGUCACCUACACGGCAGAAGGAUUCAGACAGGAAUACAUUGGCGUGAUGUACCUGGUCACUUUUCUGUUGCCCCUGAUCCUGCUUGUGCAUUUUAUGCGUCGCAAUUACCGAGAAAAAGCGCGCUUGAUCUUUGACUUGAAGAAUUUCGAGCUUGACAGAACCACAUGCGCCUCUGAGUUCGACCGUUCGUUUAUCCUUAGUGCCAUUGAAGCAUGGUAUGGCACCAGGGAGAACUUUCAAAACUAUGUCCGGGGCCACUGCGUGAGCAACUUCUUCAGUUGUUCCCAUCGCCUCAUUUGCCCUGCAGCUAUGUGGCCUUGAUUCUAUGCAGUAUGAUGGCUUAUUCCUUAGACAUUGGUCUGAGUAUCUACAAAGCCGGUGCCAGCAUGAAAGUGAUUAUGAAGCAGCUGCUGUGCAUGUUCACAUUUUUUGGCAUUUGGUUUUGGGCUGCUUUCAAUGGUAUCUUCUACCUGAGUGACCGAACUGCUGGGAAGGACGCAACUGGCCAGCAUCGCUCGAAGUGUCUGUGUG